GACUGAGAGCGAUACAAGUUAAUUGAAUCAAACGCUAUUGAUUUUUCGUCGAUUCAACAGCUCGAGCUUGCGGCCAAAAACAGCUUUUCAAGCAAAACAUUAUUCGCUAGCAACAAAUAUUAUUGACUUUCACCAUAGGUCUUGCCGAGACUGCCGUUCUAGAUAUUAUGGCUGCGAAUUUGCAACAGCAGCGCACCAUCAAUGAGCAACUGCGUCGUGAGGCGGGAAUAAACCGCAUCCAGGUGUCGGAAGCGUGUAAUGCCAUGAUGAAAUAUAUCAUAGAUCAUGAGUCGGAUGAUUGUCUGUUAAGUGGAUUCACCAGUCAAAAAGUGAAUCCAUUUCGCGAGAAGAAUUCAUGCAGCAUUUUAUAAGCUCAAUUUUGAAUAGGUA